AGGACAGUGGAAAAUUUUUGGAGAGUGGGGAAAAAGCGAAAUAUCCCAAAGGUGUUAGUGCCUCUCGCCAUUUUGUACAGAUUUUAGUAAUAUUUUUUUGAAUAUCUAGUGAAUUAAGUUUAUUUGUUUUCGCGGGUUAAUAUGGAAAGUGAAGGCGACGAUGAAACCAACAGCUCACAAAAUAUCGUUAUCGGCGGUGAUUACGAUGAGUUUGAGCAUAUCGAGGAGAACGUGAUCGAAGCAAGAAGUGUCCAAAACCCGAAAGCUCGUUAUUACAAGCAAACGUACAGAGCUGCAUGGGAGCAUAUGCCCGAUUUUAAAGGUUGGCUCAGAGGGGUACAAGGUGAACCAACUCGUGCCUACUGUGUAUACUGCCAGAAGACGUUGCAUGCACAUAGACUGAGUUUGCUGAAGCACACAUGCACCAUUCGCCAUCAGAAGGCUGCCCAGCUUCAUAACUCCCGUAAGCUUAAAGCCCACAAUAUUAUCACUGAGGAGAUGUCCGCUUACACGAUCACUGAAACUGAGAAGGGUGAAGAGUUUGAGGAGGAAAUGGAGGAGAGUGAAGCCAUGGUUCAGUAUGUGUCAGAACAGAUCACUGAAGAGAAUGAAGAGCAGGAGACUGAGGAGCCAGAGGAAGAGGAGGAAAUCAUGGAGGCUGUAACAUUGCCUGUUAAAGUCCAAUAUGUAAAGACAUCGGACGUGAAGAAUGCAAUUGCUGCAAGUAACAUGAAUAAACCGCCAAUAUCGACGCAUGUCUUGGAUACCACAAAGGGAUGUCCAGUGUCAGGUCUGCAAGUUAGCUUGUACAAGUUGAUCGACGGUCGAUGGACGUACAUCAAUGAAGGUACCACGAAUCCCGAUGGACGUUGCUGUAACUUCAUUGAAAGCGGGAGCUUUAGCAUAGGAAGGUACAAGUUGCAUUUCGAUGUCGAUAGGUAUUUCGAGUCGAGGGAGCAGACAUCACUAUAUCCGUUCAUAGAGAUUGUUUUCGAUUGCCGAUCACCCGAAGAGUUGUACCAUAUACCGUUAUUAUUGAAUCCGUACGGCUACACAACAUAUAGAGGGACUUAACGCACUUAGUGUUGUAUAGGCUUCUGAUACUAAUUGAUUUAAUUAAAUAACACACACAUACAUUUUGAUAAUAACCACCACAUGGAAAUAAAUGGACAAUAUUCGCUAUGCAUAUAUAUAUAUACUGGAUGAAAAACAACCGAAUAAUAAUAUAAUAUUGAGUUUAUUUUUAAG